CGGGUUCGGAGGCGGCUGAGGGCUAUUCUGUGAACUCUUGAAGAAGAGUAUGAAUGUUUCUGAGACCGGGUUGUUCAGCGGUUCCUCACUAGCAUCUCAGGUUCAUGCUGCUGCUGUUAACGGACACAAGAGUACUCUUCUAAAGCAAAUAGCAGGAAACCCAGAUCUGAAAGACAAAGAGGACCAAUUUGGGAGAACGCCACUCAUGUACUGUGUGUUAGCCGACAGACUGGACUGUGCCGAGGCUUUGCUGAAGGCGGGAAUAGAUGUCAAUAAAGCUGAUCAUAGCCAGAGGACAGCUCUCCACCUUGCUGCCCAAAAGGGAAAUUAUCGCUUUAUGAAACUUCUACUUGGUCGUAGAGCAAAUUGGUUGAAGAAGGAUUUGGAAGAAAUCACGCCUUUGCAUUUAACUACCCGGCACAAGAGUCCAAAGUGCUUAGCCUUGUUGCUAAAAUACAUGGCACCAGGAGAGAUCGAUACGCAAGACAAAAAUAAGCAAACAGCUCUUCACUGGAGUGCUUAUUACAAUAAUCCAGAGCACGUGAAACUUUUAAUCAAACAUGAUUCUAAUAUUGGGAUCCCAGAUGUUGAAGGUAAAAUCCCCCUUCAUUGGGCAGCUAACCACAAGGACCCAAGUGCAGUUCACACCGUCAGAUGCAUUUUGGAUGCUGCUCCCACUGAGUCUCUGUUGAACUGGCAAGACUAUGAAGGACGAACGCCUCUCCAUUUUGCAGUGGCUGAUGGGAAUGUGGCUGUCGUUGAUUUGUUGACAUCCUAUGAAGGCUGCAACGUCACUUCUUACGACAACUUAUUUCGAACGCCACUUCAUUGGACAGCUUUACUGGGUCAUGCGCAGAUCGUCCACCUUCUUUUAGAAAGGAACAAGUCUGGGACCAUCCCGUCUGACAGCCAAGGAGCAACCCCUUUACACUAUGCAGCGCAGAGCAACUUUGCAGAAACAGUGGAAGCCUUUUUGAAACAUCCUUCUGUGAAAGACGACUCAGAUCUGGAAGGCCGAACAUCUUUUAUGUGGGCUGCCGGGAAAGGCAGCAACGAUGUCAUCCAGACAAUGCUGAAUUUAAAAUUGGACAUUGAUAUCAACAUGGCAGACAAAUAUGGUGGCACGGCGUUACAUGCAGCUGCCCUUUCUGGCCAUGUCAGCACCGUGCAAUUGCUGCUAAAACACAGUGCUCAGGUAGAUGCAACUGACGUCAUGAAACACACUCCUCUUUUCCGUGCCUGUGAGAUGGGGCAUAAAGAAGUGAUACAGACUCUCAUUAAAGGAGGGGCCAGAGUGGAUCUGGUUGACCAAGAUGGUCAUUCUCCUUUACACUGGGCAGCUUUGGGAGGAAACCCCUACGUUUGCCAAAUAUUGAUAGAAAAUAAAAUCAAUCCUAAUGUGCAGGAUUAUUCAGGCAGGACUCCCUUACAGUGUGCUGCCUAUGGGGGCUACAUUAAUUGCAUGGUGGUGCUCCUGGAGAACAAGGCUGAUCCAAACAUUCAAGAUAAAGAGGGAAGAACUGCGUUACAUUGGUUAUGUAACAAUGGUUACCUUGAUGCUAUAAAGCUACUGCUGGGGUUUGGCGCCUUUCCCAAUCAUAUGGAGAACAAUGAAGAAAGAUACACUCCACUAGAUUAUGCAUUGCUUGGCGCUCAUCAUGAAGUCAUCCAGUUCAUGCUGGAGCAUGGUGCUUUAUCCAUCGCUGCCAUACAGGACAUUGCAGCUGUCAAAAUCCAGGCAGUCUAUAAAGGAUACAAAGUCCGAAAAGCUUUUCAAGAUAGGAAAAACCUCCUAAUGAAGCAUGAACAGCUGAGGAAAGAUGCUGCUGCUAAGAAACGUGACGAAGAAAAUAGAAGGAAAGCCACCGAGUUGCAGAAAGAAAUUAAGAACUUCGAGGUUCGCAGGAUCCCAUUGCAGCAGCAGGAUCAGCAGUGCAUUUUGGGGAAAGAGAUGGAAACAAAGCUUCAUAUCCCACAGCGCCCCAUGCAACAAGGUGAUGUUCAUAAAAAAAGGCCUUCCUCCAGCAGCGUUCUUCAAGACCAUGCUGAAAGGAGCAAGAAAGACUCAGCUACAACCUUGCUGAACAAGGAGAGCACCAAGAACAAAUGUCACUCCACGGAGCAGCUUGGUGAAGAUCACAAAAGAAAAAAAGAUCGUUCCAAGGCAAACGACAAAAGUAAGCCUGUCUGUAUCACUUCUCAUCCCAUUAAGGAAAAAGAUGGAUCCAAGCAUCAGGUUGUAGCAAAGCAUCAAGCUGUAUCGGCUACAGCUGGCAGGGAUGGUAGAAAACACAAGGAAACUCUUGCGAAAGCAAAUGGCAGCUCUGUGCAUGCCAGCAAAAGGCACAUCCCCAGCAAUAAAGCUGCCAGCUCCAGGGAGAAACCAGAAAAUCAAAGUCCGUCAAUAAAUAGCAACAUCAACCAUUGUGAAGAAACGCCAGCAUGUUUUCAAAACAGUAACUUCACUAAUGGAAGCACAAAGAAUUCGAGGCAGUGUGAAGUGGCACUUAAAGGCAACACAGAGCUGCUGAAAGCAAAAAGCAAAGAGUUAAACGCUGAGAGGUGGUCUCCCGCUGGCUCCAGCAGGCCUGGAAGCACCAAGACAGGAAGUGUGAACAUCAGAAGGGACCCUGGGAGGGCUGCCUUUACACAAACCAAGGCAGCAAAUGAGGCUAUUACCAGAAAGGCCUGCCCUUUGCCGCUUAACAGUGAAGGGACUGCCAGGUUUGUGCCCAACAGACUGCCAAUGGGCAACGUCUCCAGAGACAACACUAAACGGAGCAGGCAAGUUCUGACUGCAUCCAGGCAUGCAGAAGAUCCGUUGGACUCUCUUCAGCACAAGAGCACAAAUAUUGAACUUAUCCCCAUAGCGAUCCGGAUGCAGGUCAUAGAGAAGGAAAGGGCAAGAAAAGAGCUGUUCCAGGAGAAGAACUGUGCCGCUGCCAUUAUUCAAAGGGCAUGGAGAAGCCACCACUUAAGGAGGCGGUUCCUCCGGCUCCUUAGUACUAAGCAUCAGUGCAAAGAAGAUAAAGACAAAUGGCACCAAGAGACAGCUGCCUUUUGCAUUGAGGUCGCUUGGGAAAAGCAGCUGAACCGUACCUCACUGAAAUCAGUUUCCCUGGGCAAAAACGUCAAAUCCAUGAACAAAAGCAGCUCAGCUGUAAAUUCCACAUUCACGCCAUCUACCCUGAAGCAGAUAUAUGGGCGCUCUCAAGAGGGAAGAGUGUAUCAUCCAACCAGACCUCCAUCCUCAAAGCAUAAAGUUUCUGAACUACAGAUGCUAUCAGCAAGUGGACUGCAGUAUUUGUGCGUGCUGGAGAACACUGGGAAAUUUAAGCAGUAUUCAUAUCAUAUGAGACCCUCCACAGUCAAAACAAAGUACACAAGAUCAAGGCAUGAAAGCAAGGCUAAAUUAUAG